AUGUCUAAUGAAGUAGAUUUCUUUAAAGCUCUUUCUAGAGACUCAUGCGACAUCAAUGGGGUCUAUUAUCGGCAAUUUGCUUGGACUCUUGAUUUUGAUGAAGAAAGUGAUCCUCCAUGCGUACCGGUAUGGAUUUUUUUUCCUGGACGUCCUCCUAAUCUUUAUCAUACGUCGGUGUUGGAGUCCCUUACAGCACUGAUCGGUAGAUUGAUUCAUAGAGACAAUCCCACUCGCUAUGCUACGAGAACAGAUGGGGCUAGGGUGUGCGUCGAGAUUGAUGCAUCCAAGGAACCUCUUCCAUAUUUUUGGAUAGGAAAACCUGGACUGCCAAGCAGCCGAAAACAAGUUAUUAUUUAUGAAACUUUGCCCACAUACUGCAAAAGUUGUAGAAGACAAGGCCAUAAUCUAAAAACUUGUCGAGUGGGUAAUGAGAACAAAGCAAAAAAAUUUCAUGGAGGGCCGGUCUGGGUCAAGAAACUUGAGAAAUUGGAAGUAAACGUGCCAAUUGAUGGUGAACUUCAAAUGGUGGAGCAUGUGGCAUCGCAAAUAAAGGGUAAUGAGGGGCAGGCUAUGUUGCAGGAAGGUGAUGGAAGGGAUGGAGGAAUUGAUCUUUCAAAUACUGUCAUUGAGGCUACCUUGGAAUCUCAGGUACCGCCCAAUGAUGUUGGUCCCGUGAAGACUGUCUGGGCUGAGAACCAAGUUUCUCACGUGGAAGAUGUUGUUGCGGUGCAGUUGGUUGAAGAGGAUAGAUGCAACGUGCAUCAGAAGGACACGUCUGAAUUCCAUAGAAACAGAUGA